CAACACCAAAUCUCUCUCUUUUUUGGGCGAGGGUGGCCACGACGACGACGACCAUCACUCGACUUGCACCGAAGUGAGACUCCGCGACACGACAUAAUUCGUACAAAGAGGAUGCCGGCGAGAGCGAGUACGAGCACGGCGCGGGCCGGCGGUAGAGGUUCAAGGGUGAGCGCAUCGCCGAGCGAAGAGAAGCGGGCCGCGCAGAGGAGAAAGAGUGUCGUCGAGAGCGACGGGAGCGAUGAGGAAAGCGACGAGGAAGCGGAGGAGGAGGACGUAGAGGAGAACGAUGACGAGGAAGAAGAAGAGGAUGAUAUCGAAGAUGAGGAAGAGGACGAAGACGAGGAAGAGUACGAGGAAGAGGAUGAAAAAGAGGCCAAGGCAACAAAGGUGCCGAGACGUUCUGGGAUCAACAUCACAUCAUGAGAAAGACAAUCAGGAAGAGGAUGAGCAAGAGGAGCAAGAAGGACAAGAGGAAGACGAGAUUGAGAGCACAGUCAUCCUCAGGGAUGGGCCUGCAUCUGGCAACCAAGAUGAUGACCAGGAGCGCCCUACGACGCCGAGACAAGAUGCAGCCGGACAUCAAGUGGAUGCCUCCAUCAACGAGACUACACCACAAGCCGCCAGAUUUCAAAAACAGUCACAAGCUACCCCUGCCAAUGUUCCCAGCACGCCAAGCAUGCUUGGCCGUCCGUCGAUGGCGCCUGUCACGCCUGCGCCGCCAAAGACUCGGCUGGUGAUCCACAAGAUGGUGCUGCGCAAUUUCAAGUCGUACGCUGGCGAGCAGGUCAUUGGCCCCUUCCACAAGUCAUUCUCUGCCGUCGUCGGGCCCAACGGAAGCGGCAAGUCCAACGUCAUCGACGCCAUGCUAUUCGUCUUUGGUUGGCGAGCCAAUAAGAUGCGACAGGGCAAGCUCAGCGAGCUCAUCCACCACAGCUCGGGCCAGGAGAACAUCUCGCAGUGCUCCGUCGAGGUCUGGUUCCGAGAGAUUGUCGACCUGCCCGGACCCGACGACUUCAAGGUCGUCCCGGGCAGCAAGCUCAUCGUCGCACGUACUGCCUUCAAGAACAACUCAUCGGUAUACACGCUCAACGGCAAGAAAUCAAAUUAUACAGAGGUCACCACACUGCUCCGUGGCAGAGGAAUCGACCUGGACCACAAGCGUUUCCUCAUCUUGCAGGGCGAGGUCGAGAGCAUCGCUCAGAUGCCGCCCAAGGCCAAGAACGAGCACGAGGAAGGACUGCUCGAGUACCUCGAAGACAUCAUCGGCACCAAUGAAUUCAAGGCGCCCAUCGAGGAGGCCUCCAAGCUCGUCGACGAGGCCAAUGACGAGCGCGGCCAGAAGCUCACCAGGCUCAAAGUUGUGCAAAAGGAAAAGGACAGCCUCGAGUCGAAGAAGCGCGAGGCAGAGGCCUUCCUCCGUGAUCAGAACGAGCUGGCGCAAAGGCAGUCGGCCCUGUGGCAGGUCUACAUGCUCGAAUGCAAGGACCAGAUGUCGAUCUCGUCCAAGGCCAUGGAGAAGCUCAAGAAGCGCAUCCAGGAGGAGACGGAGAAGAACUCGGGCGCAAAGGCCGAGAUUGAGUCGCUGGAAGCCGAGUAUGCCGAGAUGGCAAAGGACUUUGAGAACAUCAAGAAGGAGACGGACAAGGUCUUCAAGGAGCUCGCCCGAUUCGAAAAGGAGGACGUGCAGCUGCAGGAAAAGAGCAAGCAUCUUGAGACAAAGAAGAAGAAGCUGACCAAGUCGAUGGCUGAGGAGAAGUCGGCAACUUUCUCCGCCAAGACGACGCUGGAGAACUCGUCGGGCGAGAUCGAAAUGCUGCAGGCAGACUUGACCAAGCUUGAGUCAUCUUUGGAGAGGGAGGAAUCAGAGCUCGACGUCAUUCGAGACAGUCUCAAGGACAAGACCAAGGGCUUCAGCCAGGCCAUUGAAGAGAAGCAGCGUGAGCUUCAGCCUUGGGCCGCCAAGAGGAGCGAGAAGCAGAACGCAAAGGAGGUCGCGCUCGAGGAAAGGAAGCUGCUCGAAGAGAGGACUGGCCAGGUGGAGAGGGACCUCGAGGAGGCCAAAAAAGGCUUGGCCGACCUUGUAGAGGGCAAUCGGGACAAACGCGAAGCUCUCGAAGGACUCAAGCGGCAGCGGGUCGAGGCAGACGAAAAGGCAAAGGGCUACGUCGAGGAGAUUGCAGGCAUGGAGGCCGAAGAGACAAAGCUCCGAAUCAAGGCCCAGGCGGCGAGGUCAAAGGCCGAAGAAGCCAAGGCAUCGGUGCAGAGCAACCGCUCUCGAGGUGACGUUCUCAAUAGUCUCAAGCGCCAAGCCGACUUGGGCAUGAUCCGUGGCUUCCACGGGAGACUGGGAAGCCUGGGCGUGAUCGAUGACAAGUACGAUGUCGCCAUCAGCACAGCCUGCCCCGGCCUCGAUAAUAUUGUCGUUGAUGGUGUUGCGACAGGCCAGGCCUGCAUCGAGCACCUGCGCAAGAACAACCUCGGUCGCGCCAAUUUCAUCCUCCUCGACAGCCUCAAGAUCAACGCCGAAGCAACCAAGAGGCCUAGGGACAUCCCUGACGAUGUCCCUCGCCUCAUCGACCUUGUCAAGCCAAAGGAGCCACGUUUCGCGGCAGCCUUCUACCACCAGCUGCGCGACACGCUCGUCGCCCGGGAUCUUGCGCAUGCAAACCUAGUCACGCUUGACGGCCAGCUGAUCGACAAGAGCGGUACGAUCAUGAGCUCCAAGUUCGCCGGCGAGGAGUUCACGCUGGAGCAGAUUGCCAAGUUCGUCAAGGAGCAUGAGCUGGCGGAGGACGCGCUGAGGAACCAUGUCAAGUACACCAACGAUAUGCGAUCGCUGAUGGAAGACGCUCGCAACAAGGCGCCGCAGAUCGACAUGGCCAUCGACAAGGUCGUCAUGGAUCUCGACAUGGGCGUAAAGCUCGUCGAGGAAGCAAAGAGGCGCAUGGAUGAGGUCCGAAGCCAGAGUCAGCCCGAUGCCGGCGACUCGCUCGACAGCGAGCUCGAAAAGGCGCUCCAGGAGAAAAUUCUCGAGGCGGGCGGUGUGGGUCUUAGGACGCAGAAGAGCAAGCGCAUCACCAAGGCCGAGCUGUCCAAGAGCACAAAGUCGAACCAAGCCACGCUCGAAAAGCUCGAGACCAAGACGGAAGCGGAGGUCAUGGAGACGAGGCAGGAGAGCAAGGACGAGAUCAAGGCGCAGCUCGACGAAAAGUCCCAGGUGAUCAAUGCGUUCAGGUCGCUCGAGCGGUCUUUUGCCGAGAAUGAGAAGCGGUUGCAGCACUGGCAGGAGAAGUGGGCCAAGCUCGAGCUGCACCAAAUCGACUCCGACGCUGAUGAGGCCGAUGACGAAGGCGAGGCCGGCGAGAAGAAGAAGCAGGAGCAGGAGCAAGGCGGAGCCGAUGCUGAUGGCGAAGGUGAAGAUGGAGACGAGACAGAAGCCAAGGCAAAGAAGGAGGCAGAGGAGGAAAUUGACGAUGAUGAGGACGGUGACACUUCGAUUGAGCUCCAAGACGUCAAGGCCGAGAUUGUCGUGUUUGAGGAGAAGGUGCAGAUGGGCAUCGGCAAUCUGUCGAUCCUGCAAGAGAUGCACGACCUCGAAAUGCGACACGACGAUCUGCGCAAGCAGCUCAUCUCGGCAAAGCUCAAGGAAAUGUACCAGACCAUCACCCUGGGUGGUAAUGCCGAGUUGGAGCUCGUCGACAGCCUCGACCCCUUCUCCGAAGGCAUCCUCUUCAGUGUCAUGCCUCCUAAGAAGAGCUGGAAGAACAUCUCGAAUCUGUCAGGAGGCGAAAAGACACUGAGCAGCCUCGCCCUGGUCUUUGCUCUCCACGCCUUCAAGCCCACACCUCUGUAUGCGAUGGACGAGCUGGAUGCCGCCCUCGACUUCCGGAACGUGUCAAUCGGUGCACAAUUUAUUCUUGCCUCGCGGCUGAGCCUUGCCGUGCACAACUCGGAUCUGCAUGCGCCCCCGCCCGCGCUGCCGCCUCCGCCCUCAACGAUCCAACGCUCGCAGACAAUGAUGAUGCCCACCCCGCUGUCGUCUCGGCCGAGCAGCAGCGUGCUCCCUCCGCCGCCUACGCCCUCUGCCCGAUUUGGCCUCACCACGCCGAUCCCCGCCACGCCACGGCCCAAGAUGAAGGGCCUGGCACCGGGCAUGACGCCCGCUGCGUCGCAGAUGCGUCUCGACAUGCUCACUUCGACGGCAAAGAAGCGCGAUAAGUCUCUGGCUGCUGCUUCGUCGCGCCUCUCCACUGCCACGACGACGCCACUCGCCACGGCCCGGCAGCCCUCGGCGUUUCACUGACACUACCUCGUCCUCCAGCCCCACUCUGUACCAUAGUAGAAGUAGCAGUAGUAGUAGUAGUCGUAGCAGCAGCAGUAACAGAUAAGCUCUUUUGACAAUUGCUUGUGCCUGCCUGUGCAAGG